AUGGCACAAAAGAUCCUCACCAACGAGUACAAGGCCUUGUCCAACGAGACCUGGACCAACAUCUCCCUGGUCAACGACAACAUCUUCCACUGGAGCGUCGCGCUGAUAGUGCUCAACCCGGACUCACUUUACUACGGAGGCUACUUCAAAGCUCGCAUGACAUUCCCUGCAAACUACCCUUACUCUCCGCCCAAGUUCCAGUUCGAUCAUCCCCUAUGGCAUCCGAACAUCUACGACGACGGCCGGCUGUGUAUAUCGAUCUUGCAUCCUCCCGGCGAGGAUGCGAUGAGCGGAGAGAUGGCUGGAGAGCGCUGGAGCCCGGUCCAGCGAGUGGAAACCGUGCUUAUCUCCGUGCUAUCAUUGCUCGACGACGCCGAGUGUAGCUCACCUGCGAACGUCGAUGCGGGCGUUAUGCUGCGCAACGAUCCCGUAGCCUACAAGGCCCGGGUGGCGCAGGAUCGCGAGAAGAGCAAACAGGACAUUCCGGCCGGCUUUGAAAUGCCGACACAUGAGAGCGCUUUCCAAGUGCCGGCCAAGCAUGACGAUUUCAGCUGGAGCGACAGCGAGGAGGAAGCCGACUUCGACGAAGGCAGCAGCGACGAAGAAAUGUUCGAUGCCGGCGAAGCCACUGACAACGACGAAGACGAAGAUUGA